AUGGUACUGGUGCUUGUCAGGUCAGGUCAGGGAAUCUGCCAGAUAGUGACCAAGAAAAUGUCGAAUAGAUCAUCACGUGACAAGAACAAGGUGUCUGACACUCUAUAUGGAGAAGAUGUAGAUCCAGCAUACAAAAUGUUUCUGGAUCAUCUAAGUAAAGAUGGGGAUAGCUAUGUCCUUCAUGUGCCAAAUGGGGACCAUGGCAUGCCUGUUACGGUUAGGUAUGAAGUUGCAAACGACAAAGAUGGCACAGAUACCCCCAACAUUUCGCCAUGCAUAAGUCAGGGCGGUGUAAACAUCAGGCGACCAGGUGUAACAUCAGCCGGGGCUGCCAAUGUAAGUGUUGGUCAGUCCAUUACACCAAGGACAUCAUCUUUGGAGAGCAAGACCUCGGAGAUUGAUGAAUCUUAUGCUAAAUUUCUGAGUCUUACAAAGAUGGUUGAUGGUUUCAUGGUUACCGAGAUAGAACCAGGUGUUACAAUUGUAUAUGAGCAAGAAGAGGAGACACCUGCUGCAUAUGGUGAAUUGAAAACUGUCAGUGAUACACCUGUUCGGGUGUAUUCUAGAAGAACUGUCAGUUCCAGAAAGGAAAGAGCACCUUUGACGACUGCACUUGAAAACAUGGAGGAAGAGGAUGAGGUGCGUACAGAUGAAGAUAGACUUGAACAAACAGAUAAUAGGCAUAAUGUUAUAUCUAAGGAAAGCCACUAUCCGGAGGCAUGUGAAGAUGAUCAAGGAGCACCUCUUGGUCUUCCUAGUGGCGUUACAUCUACAUUUGAUGAACAACUUGAUUCUUUUCUCAGUCGGCCAUAUGACAGAAACGAAUUCCAAGAGCUUCUAAGGAAAGCCACUUUCCGGAAGCCUGUGACUAGACAAAGACACUUGCGAAAUGCAUCCAAGUUCUAUGCCACAGGAGAGCUUGGACUAUCAUAUCUUGAUGAGUACCCAGAUCUAGCCACACAAAUAGACUCGGCUGACUGUGAUGAGAGACGACUGAACCUCCUGCGAAAAUUCUUCUUCUGGUUGCAGAACUUGACCCAAGAAGGGGCGUACAUGCCAUGGAUCCCCAAGGCGCCAGUCAGUAAUCCCAUCAAUGUAGAGGACUGAUAACAUCAAGAAAUGCGGGC